AUGACGCCAGCUAUUGAUCGAGAGGCCAUCCCUGGCACCUUCACACUCGUGGAUACGGAGCAUGUCCUUGCAACCCGCCACCUUGACCGCGGGGAUCGCGAUAUCGUCCUGGUACCCGAGCCAUCUAGUGAUCCAGAUGACCCUUUGAACUGGUCACCCCAUCGGAAGCUCCUAUCUACUAUUUGUGUCAGUGUCUACACAUUGUUUGCUGGUAUCGCGUGUGCGAACGUCUACUCGGUUCUCGUACAGCUGUCCGAAGAGACUGGAGUCUCUGUCAGCACCCUAAACGAAGGAACCGGGUAUAUGUUCCUGCUAGCAGGCUGGGGUCUGCUGUUCUGGCAGCCCUUUGCUCUGCAGUAUGGAAAGCGGAUGACCUAUAUUCUUUCACUAGCGGGGAUGUUGGGCACUGCCAUUUGGGGACCUUUUGUACGCAGUAACGGAGAAUGGAUUGCGAGAAGUAUUAUUACAGGUUUUUUCCUGGCUCCUAUAGAAGCCCUACCAGAAGUUUCCGUCACGGAUGUGUACUUUACGCAUGAGCGCGGGACAUACAUGGGCUUGUAUGCCUUUUUCCUAGCCGGUAGCAAUUACUUUGCCCCCGUUAUUUGUGGCUUCAUUGCCGAGUACCAGGGGUGGGAAUGGGUCUUCUACUGGCCAGCCAUAUUUUGUGGCGCCGCUAUGGUGUUUCUAUUUUUCUUCAUGGAAGAGACGAACUACGUGCGCGAGAUGCCUAGUAUGUCCGAGCCUGCAGCAGCAUCUUCUGCAUCAGCCGAUCAAGAAGGAGAGAAAAAGACAUUGUCGGCAGAGGCGUCCAGCCAGAGUGAUCCUGGGGUUGGUGUGGUCUAUAGUAAGAAGACCUAUCUCCAAAAACUCUCUAUCUUGGGACCGCGCCAGGCGAGAAACAACAUGUUUCGCCGUGCAUGGCAGAUGGUCUACUAUCUUAGCUGGCCAGUGAUAUUUUAUGCUGGUUUCUCGUAUGGCUCUUACCUCAUCUGGUUCAACGUCUUGAAUGGGACCGCGUCCCUGAUCUUGGGGUCAGCUCCGUAUAACUUUAGCGCAUCGAUGGUGGGACUCAGCUAUCUGGCAUGCUGCCUUGGCGUCAUCCUUGGUUCCCUCUUCACCGGCCGGUUCAGCGAUUGGCUGACCAUUAAACUCGCCCGACGAAAUGGAGGAAUCAUGGAGGCCGAGCACCGUCUCUGGCCGUUUAGCCUCUGUCUGAUCCUUGUCCCUGGUUCGCUCCUCCUGUGGGGUGUCGGCGCAGCGCACGGCGUUCAUUGGUUUGGCCUCCUAGUUGCCAUGUGUCUGCUGGCGAUGACGAACACUUGCGGGGUGACAUUGAGCGUCAACUAUCUGGUUGACAGCUAUCGUGAAUUGAGCGGAGACGCAAUGGCGACCGUGAUUCUAGUGCGGAAUACCAUGUCGUUUGCGAUGGGAUACGGGAUUACACCUUGGGUACAAGAUCUCGGGUACCAGAAUUGCUUCAUCUCAGCCGCCUUUGUUGGAUUGGCUUGCUCGCUCGUCUUCCUGGCGAUGGUCAAGUGGGGGAAGACAUUCCGGGUCCAGAGCCGGACCAAAUACUGGAGAAUUGUAGUGGAGAAUUGGGAGAAGGGAAUGGGGCAUUAAGCUUCGUCUGGCGACCUUAUUGGCGAUAAACCUUCGGGUACACGGACCCGCACUCCCAAAACUGUCAUACCUGAAGCUAUUCAAGUAUACUGAAUUUGCGCACACAGCAUACACUUUUAUGCUCAUGUUUUGUUCCGUAUCUCCAAAUCUGCCUUGUCUUUCAAGUUCCUUCCCGUUAUCUCCCCAGUACACUGCAUGUCUCAGAC